UCGAAUGAGCCAAACUCCCUGCUCUUCUUCUAACGCCCGAUUGGAGGCCGCCUUCUCUAUCUGCCUUAGAUUUCUCCUCUUUCACAAUUUCCAAUCCGCUUUCUCUUUCCUCCUCCAACCCGUCUGGAUCUCCUCCGCCCUCGCCGCCGAUUCAGGUUUCGAUUUAGGGUUCAGGGCUCUGUGCGUCCUCUAUCUUGCGGGGUGUUCCUGUCAAUCGCCCGACAGAAAGGAAAGAGAGAAAAAUACAGAGGGAGAGACAGAUCCCCAUCGAUCGAUUUGUCCGGGGAGAGGAGGAAGCGACUGGAAGAAGGGCGAUGGGGCGCGAAGGCUCUUCGGUGUCCGGUAUGUCCGAGAGCGUGUUGAAGAAGAUUUUGCUUUCCUACUUAUAUGUCAGCAUCUGGAUUUUCCUCAGCUUCUCGGUGAUCGUCUAUAACAAGUACAUCCUUGAUCCCAAGAUGUACAACUGGCCCUUCCCCAUCUCCCUCACCAUGAUCCACAUGGCUUUCUGUUCCUCCCUUGCCGUCCUUCUCGUCCGCGUCCUCCGCGUCGUCGAAUUGCCCUCCUCCCCGGCAAUGACGCGCGAGCUGUACGUCUCUAGCAUUGUCCCCAUCGGAGCCCUAUACGCCUUCUCCCUCUGGUUCUCCAAUUCCGCCUACAUCUACCUCUCCGUUUCCUUCAUCCAGAUGCUAAAAGCUCUCAUGCCUGUAGCGGUCUACUCUAUUUCCAUCCUAUUCAACAAGGAGUCAUUUCGAAGCUCCACCAUGACAAACAUGCUCUCCAUUUCCUUCGGUGUGGCCAUCGCUGCUUAUGGCGAGGCCCGAUUCAAUGGCUUGGGUGUCUUGCUCCAGCUUGGCGCAGUUGCCUUCGAGGCUACACGUCUCGUUCUCAUCCAGGUUCUCCUCAGCUCUAAAGGCAUCACACUCAACCCUAUCACCACCCUCUACUACGUUGCUCCCUGCUGCCUCGUCUUCCUCAUCCUCCCUUGGGCCAUUGUCGAACUCCCCACCCUACGCAACACCUCCUCCUUCCACUUCGACUUCCCCAUCUUCGGCACGAACUCCUUCUGCGCCUUCGCCCUUAACCUUGCAGUCUUCCUCCUCGUCGGCAAGACCUCAGCCCUCACCAUGAAUGUUGCUGGUGUCGUCAAGGACUGGCUCCUCAUCGCCUUCUCCUGGUCCGUCAUCCGUGAUACUGUCACAGCCGUCAAUCUAUUUGGUUAUGGUAUAGCUUUCCUCGGGGUAGCAUACUACAAUCACAUCAAGCUUCAGGCACUCAAGGCAAAGGAGGCUCAGAAGAAGGCCGUACCCAACGAUGAGGAGUCCCAUAAUCUUAUCGAGGAGAGGGACAGCGAGAAGAUGAGCCGUAAGAACGAUUCCCAGGUCUGAAGGUCAUAAUCGCAAUGAUUACUACGGCAAUACGAUUUUGUUGCUCCAUCCAUUGGUUCGGUUUUUGCCCUCUUCAAACUGAUCUAUCCCUUUUCUUAUCAGUUUGGAUGAUUGUUUAGCAGAGCAAAGGAAAAAAAGGGAAUCAAAUAGAUGAUUAUUAGAGUAACGAGUUUUUUAUUUUGAAGAUUUUACUAUGAUUGCAAAUUUAUCAUUCUGAGUUCUUACUUUUGUUGUAUUUUCUUGUUAUUGCUGCCUUUUCUUUUCAACGUGCUCCUUGCAUGAUCAAACUGAGAGUCUCCAACCUGUUCGAUCAUUCUUUUAACUGGUGGUAGAAGAGUGGAGUUAUUUCCUGUUUGUUCUCUGCCAUGGUAAGGACUGCCUUAUUGUUAUCCUAAUUUAUGAUAAUUGCUUGUAGUUCCAUACACAUUUUAUCAACUUUUACGUCUUUUUGUAUUGAAUAAUCUCUUCUUUA